AUGCUUCCCAUCAAGACUCUGGCGGUAUGCCUUGUCUCCCUGCCAUUCAGCUCAUGCGCCCCUACGGAAUGCUGUGCAACCAAGUUUAACACCCCGGCCCAUUACGACAAAGUCAUCCACAACUACUUGAACGCGUGGAACGGGGACCUCUCGCUUGUCAAUUCCACGUUUGCCCCAGCUCUUUCCCUGCAGGGCGAUAUACUCCCAAAUGGUGCUGGAGGCUAUAGCUCGGUUGGAGAGCUGGUGCACACCGCCUCUGACUUUGAGCAGUUCAUCAGGCGAGCCCGUAGCAACUUCGAGGUGUACACCUUCACCCUGAACAAGUGGGCAGGAAGCAACCAUAAUGUUGUGGGACGCUGGACGCUCAACGCCGUGAUCGCAGAUACAUUUGUCCUUUUCCCGACAACGCUCAAGCCGGGUGACAAGGUGUCAUACAACGGAACAGACUUUCUCACAAUUGAUCCCUGCACAGGACUGAUCACGGAGGUUGCAAUUGCGCAAGACUUGUUUAGUUUGGCUGUAAAUCUUGGAAAUGAUGUCAUAAUACAGCCAAGAUCUUGA